AUGGAAGAAAUACUUCAAAGAUCGUUGAUAACUGAACCAUCAGGAGAUAAUAGUUAUUAUAUAGAUAUUGAUGAUUUGUAUAAAUGGGCGAAGUCAGUUGGGUUCAAUGUUAGGAAAGAAAAAAAACAAUACAUUGAAAAUCAACUAAAUACAAAUAAGAAACAUAUUACUGGAUAUAAAAAAGGAAUUCUAGCUAGAAGUGAUCAUGAACUUCGUGCUGAACUUUGGACAAAAACAUAUCUAAAAACCAUAGGAUCAUCUGGAGUAAUUCAUUCAGUGAACACAGGAAAAUAUGGGAAAUUAGUGCUAUUGAAAGAAGCACAAAAACCAAACAAGACAUUCAGUACAAUAGCACAUCAACUGGAUUGUGAUCGUCGAACCGUUUCUUGUGCUGUCGCUCGCUUCAAUGAAACAGGAUUAUUGACUGAACGGGAAAGACCAGGUCGACCACAUUCUCUUACUGACGGACAACAACGUUCACUCGACAAGUACAUCUCAAAACAUCCAACUGCAACUUCUAAUCAACUUUCAAACUAUAUCUUUAACAAGUUCGACAUUCGAGUUAGUGAACGUACAUUGCAACGCUAUCGGCGAGCUCUUGGAUUUUAUCCACGAAAACAAAAAACCAAAGUCAAAUCAACACAAGCUCAAGUUGAAAAACGUCAUUUAUUUGCAAUAGAACAUCAGAAUAGUGAACUCAAAAAAUGGCUUUUUAUUGACGAGACACAGGUCCAAUUGCGUAACACAGGUAAAAUCAUUUGGGUGAAACGUGGGCAACCAACGCCUACACAUGAAAUCUCGUCCCUUCGUGCUUAUGUCAAUUUAUGGGGUGCAGUUUGGUGGAAUGGCAAAACGUUCGCAAGAUAUGAUGGCUAUGUCAAUCAAACCUUAUUUCAACACUUAUUAGCUUCUCAUCUUGGUCCACAUGUACAUAAAUAUCGUCGGUAUGCGGUGGCUCAAGAUAAAUUAAGAUCACACUGGGCAAAACCAGUUCGCCGAUGGUUCAAUGAUCAUGGACUCAAAUUAUUAGAUUGGCCACCUCAUUCGCCUGAAUUCAAUGCAAUUGAAAAUGUUUGGCACUCACUCAAAGAAACAGUCAAAACAGCACAUCCAAAAAGUCAAGCGGAGCUGGAAGCAGCAGUUGAUCAAGCAUGCCAUCUCAUUUCACAAAAACUCAUCCAAGGGUGCAUUUCACGCGUCUCUACUUUACCCAAAGAAGAAACAAGCAACUAA